GCCUGACAGCUGCAAAGGGUUGGAACGUGGAAGAAAUAAGAAGAACGGGAGUUAGGGGGAAAUAAUCGAGAGGGUAGCAAGAGAGACAAAUGCUCGACAUAAGGAGGUGUCAAUACUAGAAAUGAUUGUAUGACGCUUAGGAUGAUUUCUAGAUAUAAAAGAAAACCCGUCUUGCAGAAUCUUCAAAUUUCAAGUUUUCCAAAAGCCACAGACAAUCACCCUUUACUAGACACAGCAGACUCCUUCCUGACGUCCCUCAACACUGAACAAUAUGCAACAUCUUUGCAAAGUGGAAGGUCAGAAGCUUCACGAUCAGCUGAGAACUCUCAGGAUUCCUGGCUGGAAUAUCAGAGAGGAACAGGAUUUUCCACCGAUAACAGCUCAGUGGUAUCUUGGGGCUUUGACGAGUUUGACCAGGCUGCCACACGGCAAAUGCAAAGAAUAUUCAAACACAUUGAUGAACUACUUUAUGAAGAGAAAGCCAGCCCACUUGUAGAAGACCUUCAGGAAGAGUGUCAGCAGUGGACAUCACGCUUUCCGCAUUUGAGGAUACAAGGGAAACAAAUAUUAGCACCUUCAGAUGAUGGCUAUAGCUGGCAUCCCAGUUACCCACGUUCAGCAUCUGCAUCUACUCCAAAAGGUUGUGCCAGUGCAAGAGAUGUCAGCGAGCUGGGUGUUUUUGGUUCGAGAUGUUCAUUUGCCAUUGCAAAUGAUCCAAAUACUGAUGUCUCUUUUUGCUUGGGUAGCGAUAAAGAGUUAGAGGAUGAUGUAGGGGUGAUCGUGUCCGAAGGUGUUAUGGAAGAAUAUUUAGCUUUUGACUGCAGAAAUAAAGACGAUGAGCUGUUUGAAUGGUCUAGAGCUGCUUCCUUAGAUACUCUGAAAAUGGGCCAUCCUCCAAUAUCUCCAAAAUACUGCAACAAGGUGGCUGUUUUGGCUUUUCUGUUUGAUGACGUCUGGAGAGAAGUGGUAGGGAGCUUGGAAGAGCUUGUCUGCAGGCAUUGGGAGGAAUCGAUUACAGAUGACGACACACAUGCCAUAACUAUCAAGACAACUAGGGUAGAAUGUGUUAAUCUGUAUGCACCAUCUCAACGUCUUCCGCUUGUCCUCCCACCAGUUACUAAUGCCAGAAUUCCUGCCAUCUCCCCAAAGCUGUCCACUCACUCUCAUGGUGGAAAUAUUGCAGCUCCACGACAUCUUAACGACUUAAUGGUUAUUCAUGGGAUCCCUCUACAACAGAGAAAUCUGCCUCUAAUGGAAAAAGUUCUGGAUUCCGGGGAGAAGUCUCCAUUGAGACCCACAUCUGCCGCCGUAAUCUCUGGCAAACCACGCCAAGGUCGCUCUCUGGAGCAUAGCUCCUCAUCUUUGUCUCAUAAUACUUCAUCAGCUAGAAGGCGCAACCCUCCACGAACUUUACAUCCCAUCAACAACAAUCCCUCUAGGUCUGGGACACCAAAGAUGGAAGAAGUCAUCAAGGGAACACGACUUCACGCUACGUAUGACCAGAUGCCAUGUUCCCCUUUGUCUUUCAACCGAAACAACCUCCUGCCACCGAUUGGCACUACGGACUUAGAACGUCAAAGUACACAGGGAUCGCAGAGACAGACGCCAGAUACCCAAUUGGAGCGAUCCUUUGUAGUUUCUGAUCACAGAAAUACUUUUCAGAAUAGAAGAGGAUCUGAUGGAGUAGAUUCUAUCAGCAUUGGUGUAACUGGGAUCAGUUUAGGCACAGCUAGUGCAUCUUCUGCCAGGUCUGUUCAAUGGGGCCAUUCUUUCAAUGAAUUCAAAGCCGUGAGAGAAGCUCACUCCUCAGGAAUCUCAUUACAUUUGCCACUAAGAUCACACAGCCGGGGAGGAUUUCUUACAAGAAGUAGACAAGGACUAUAGGAUUUUCCUGCAUGAUUUUCAGUGUGAAAAUAUAUAUUUUUUUACUACUAAAUAUCUGUUUAACAA